UUCGGACUUCCACGUUCCCCAGAGGGCGAUACCGUCGCGGUACGUGAUUGGCUAGUGAUAUUCUGUGCCUUCCUUGUUUACUUCUCAAAACGGGACUUUUUAUCACAAACUUCGGCGAUUUCAAAUUCGAUGUUAUAUUUCCAUUAUUUCACAUUGAAUAAAACUAAAUUUACGUAUAGAGAAUUGCUUUGCGAUCGUGCUAUCGAGUAAAUGUUGUGGUGAAUUAAAAUAACACUUGCAAAGAACUUUAAAUUCAUUUAAUCGUGCAACUUUGUUUCAUCCUUCUAAGCUCACUAAAACACUGUAACUCGAGGUAAUAUUCAUUAUUCACAACAUAUAACGAUACUAGAAGUCAUAUAUUAAUCAAAAACACUAAAAAAAACACCACGAAAUGUACGAAAUUAAUGAAAUAUCGUUGAAAAUUAAUACGAGAAUGAAAUCGCCGAAGUUUGUGAUAAAAAGUCCCGUUUUGAAAUGUAAACAACAAGAGCACAGAAAUAUCAACAGCCAAUCAGAAUGCGCGACGGUAUCGCCCUCUGGGGAACGUGGAAGUCCGAAUUAUUAACCGAUGAAUAAUAAUCGAACCGUGUAACUGACGUUUAUGGUUACGAGUCUUAUGCACUUAUCGCUGAUUUAUGGUUUUGUUAUAGGAUGUUGUGAAAAAGAAAAGAAAUGAAAAACCCCAUUGUGAAAUUGUAACACUUCAGUAUACAUCGAGUGUUGGUUCGAUUUAAAGAUAGAUCAUGUCACCGUCGAUAACUUGUUCGGAAAUUUGAUCCACAAGCAAUCAAAUGGAAUGCGAAUCAAAAUCUAAAAAGAUGGUCGCCACUCUUCAAUCUCGCAAAGAAGCCUUAGAAUGUAAACUACGCGAGAAAACGGCCGAAUUGAAGAAACUAUGUAUCCAGGAAGCCGAACUGACAGGUGUUUUACCACCGGAAACACCCAUCGAACCGGGCGAAAGUCCGCCAGUAUUCCGACGCAGAAUUGGUACCUCGUUCGCGUAUCCAGAAAACCUGAUAAACAAAUUGAAGUCCAAAGAAGAAGAAUCGUUGGCUAAAUUAGAACUCGAAUGUAAAAUACAAACCAGUAUAGCGGAAGCAGCACUUGGCUUAGCUAACGACGGUAAUGCUAGUAAAUCGAUACGAAGAAAGCAUAGAUUAAUGUACCAACAAAGUCAGCGUCGCUUGUCCGAACUCGAAGCUAGACUGACUGUUCUCAGGCAAAGUGUUAAAAGUACCAAUCAACUGAAACAGAGGAAAAAACCUCGACCUCCUUUGACCGAAUUAGACUGCGUAGAUGGACCGGAAGCAUCAGCAGAGGUCGAUCCUCACUUCAAACAUUCCUAUAACGAAGAUCCUGCUAGUUUAUCUACGAUCAAUAGAGAAAUACUUCGUAAUGGUCAAUUCUACAAUAGUUUCGGUAAAUCUCACAAUUACCCCGGAUACGUUCAUCAUCAAAAUCAACAUGUAAGUAAAAAUACCUGGAACCGUAAUUUACAAUAUCGUCGCAGUGUCGAAAGACCUCGUCAUAAUUCCGGAUGUUACGACGCCGAAAAUACCAACUGGUUGGAAGAUAGUAAUAUGUGGCGUAAUACAGCCCCCGUCGGGUAUUUUUCCAACCAAUGCUAUACCACUUUACCGAAUGAAAGUCCCACCAGAAUGAAAUCUCGAUAUGGAAGUUUAGACAGAAGAUACAAAAAUUCUGAUUUCACCGAAGAAUAUCCUAGAUACCCGGGUUCAUCUCACGUUACUCCAUCGCCUCCGGCUUGUACUCCGGUCCAACACACCGAACCGAAUCUUAGACCUCCUAGUUUUAUUCCAUCACCCGAUUCUUCACUAGCUAACGUUGUACUACUGCCAAAUCAAACAUACCCGGAAAACAGUCUGAUGCGAACGCAAUCCUUAGGCAACGUCGAACACUCUCGUAAAAGCUUAGAUACUCAUUCGUUGCAAGAGAAAGUGCAAGAAAAUUUCCAAUCCAAUACAUUAGGCAGGAAACCCAAGGAAAAAGAAUGGCGAGAAACGUCGCUAGAUUCAGACUGCUACGAAAGACGUAGUCGUACUCCACCGCUACAUCCGAGAGCAUCCAAAGUACCCGAGUCACCUGUACCCCAAAGACCGUAUUCUCGCAGAAGUACACGAACGCCUCCACCUCCUCCUUUACCUCCUCCUCCCCAUUGUUCAGCACCUUCAACACCGCCUCCCAUUCCUGCACAGAGCAAGUCUCCAGUCAAGUCUCCUACGUUGAUCGAGUCAACUGUACCGUUUGAAUCGCCAAAGAAUCAUACUGUCGUCGAAGUUGGUAAAUGGCAGCCUUAUCGCGAAGUUACCAAGCCUUUCGAGAUGAGUGAUUUUUACAAAUACAGUACCAAGUUUAGAAAAAACCCAGCUCCCGAGCAAAAGCCACCCAGCGAACAUCACACGUUGCCUCAGAAUCGAAAUAUACCUUAUAGGCAACAAUUCCCGGACAAUACUCAUGGAAUACAUAGAAGUCACGAAGAUAUAAAUAAGAAUACUUUCAACAACGAGAAUCAAUUUUUCGAUACUAAACCGCUCAACAAUAUUACUUACAGAAAACACCGUCCGUUGACCAUGAUGGUUAGUGAUAACAACGGUAAUUGUGCUACUAUCAAGUCGUGGCAUAAUGAAGAUUCCUAAAAGCUAAUUCAUGGCAAUAAAUUUUUAAUGUGACUGACACUGAGCAUUGUCAGUGAUCUAAUUUUAACAAUAAUUCGGGACCAGCAAUGUGUUCUUUACUUUGUAACGAAUUGCCUUAUAUGAUUGUGAAACAAGUUUUUUAAAAUACUUUUAUCAUUGUUAUAUUUCGAAAGUAACUUUCGUCUUGGUUAAAAAUUUUUUAUGUUUUUUUGUACGUGUAUUUUUAAAUUUCGUAUUUUUUUACUUUUUAAAUCGG